AUGACCUUCAUCGACAUCACCAAAGACCUGUCGGCCCUCUUCUCACAACAGGCCCAGGCCACCCCCGACGCUCUCGCCCUGGAGGAUGAGACCACCACAUACACCUACGCCGAGCUCGAUCGCCACGUCGACGCCCUCGCCCUCCGUCUGCGCCACUACGGCGUCCGCCGGGACUCCCUCGUCGGCGUGCUUCUCCCCCGGAGCAGCGACUAUGUCAUUGCGUGCCUGGCUGCCCUCCGCGCGGGCGGGGCCUUCCUCGUCCUCGAGCUGGCAUACCCUCCGGAGCUGCUGGACGACGUGAUCCGCGACGGGAACCCCGCCGUCGUGAUCACUUGCCGCGCCGAGCUGGGGAAGAUCCAAGCCGACGUCCCCCUGAUCACCCUCGAUGAACCGAUCCCCAAGACCAACGGCUCAGCCACCGAGCUGGCGCCCCUCCCCGCCGACGACGAUUUGGACCGCCUGGCCUUCGUCUCCUACUCCUCGGGAACCACCGGCAAGCCCAAGGGCAUUGCCAACCCCCACCGCGCCCCCGUGCUCUCCUACAACCUGCGAUUCGGCGUGCAAGACCUGCACCCGGGCGAUCGCGUCGCCUGCAACGUCUUCUUCAUCUGGGAGAUCCUCCGCCCGCUCUUGCGGGGGGCCACCGUCGUCGCCGUCCCCGACGAGGCCAGCUACGACCCCGCCGCCCUGGUGGACCUGCUCGCGGCCAAGCGGGUCACCGAGACCCUCAUGACCCCGACCCUCCUGGCGACCGUGCUCGCCCGCCACCCACACAUUGGCACUCGCCUGCCGCACCUCCGCACCCUCUGGCUCAACGGCGAGGUCGUCACCACCGAACUCGCCCGGCGGGCGAUGAAAGCCCUCCCCAAGACCCGUCUCCUGAAUUGCUACAGCGCCUGUGAGACGCACGAGAUUGCCUGCGGAGAUAUCCGGGAGAUGCUGGACGAGACCGCGCUGUACUGCCCCGUGGGGCCCCCGAUGGACCCGAAGAACACCCAUAUCCUGGAUGAGAACAGCCAGCCGGUGGAGACCGGGGUCAGCGGAGAGCUCUUCGUGGCCGGGCCCAUGCUCGCGCGCGGGUACCUCAACCUCCCCGAGACCACCGCCAAGGCCUUCAUUGCCAACCCCUUCGACGCCCAGGCCGGAGCGCGUCUGUACCGGACGGGCGAUCUCGCGCGACUGCUGCCCUCGGGACUCCUCGAGAUCACCGGGCGCGUGGGGUCCAUGAUCAAGCUGCGCGGGUACUCCGUGGUGCCCGCCAAGGUCGAGAACGACAUCGUCAAGAGCCUGGCGGUCAGCCACUGUGCCGUCGUGGCCCAUGGCGACGGCCUGGAGCGGCAGCUGGUGGCCUACAUCGUGCCCGACCGCGACAAUGCCGCCGACCGUCCGCCCGUGGAGAUCAACGAGGCCGGGUACAGUCCCGCCGCGCGCCGCGUGCUCUCUCAGUCCCUGGCGCAGUACAUGAUCCCCGCCCUCUGGGUGCAACUGACGGAGCUGCCGACCCACGAGGUGACGGGCAAGGUCGAUCUGAAGGCCCUGCCGCCCCCGCCCACGGUGGACCACGUCAACGGGAACGGCAAGCCGGUGGAGAAGGAUCCGAUCGGCCUCGACCAGGUCGCGGCCAUUUGGGCCACCGCCCUCAAGACGUCCCGCACUCUGCUGAAGCCGACGGACGACUUCUUCGAUCUGGGGGGACACUCCUUGUCCCUGGCCGAUCUGUCCUCCCGGCUGUCGCGCCACUUUGGCUUCCGCGUGCCGAUCGCUCGUCUGGCCGAAAACUCGACCCUCACCGGCCAUCUCGAAACCGUGCGCGCCGUGCGCGAUGGGCACACGGCGGCGGUGCAGGCGGACCUCCCGGCAGUGCUGCGUGCCGAUGCGACCCUGGAUGACAGCAUCCGACCGGACAAGGCCACCAUUUGCUCCGUCGACCAGGCGAACACGGUGCUCCUGACCGGCGUGACGGGAUUCCUGGGCGCGUUCCUGCUGCACGACCUGCUGGAGAGCACCUCGGCCCACAUCAUCUGCCUGGUGCGCUUCACCGAUCCCGCCAACGAUGACCAGCCCGGGGGUGUGGCCAGAAUCCGCCGCAACCUCCUGGAUCUGGGGCUCUGGCGCGACUCGAUCAUGGAGCGCGUCGAGAUCCUGCCCGGCAACCUCUCGCGCUCUCGCUUCGGCCUCUCCCCGGAGGCCUUUGACGAGCUGGCGUCGCGGGUGCAGGUCAUCGUCCACGCGGCGGCCACUGUCAACCUGGUCUACCCCUAUGCGGCCCUGCGCGGCCCGAACGUCGGCGGCACCCGCGAGAUCCUUCGUCUGGCCUGCAAGGGCGGCGCGACCGUGCAAUACGUGUCCACGAACGGCGUCCUCCCCCCCUCGGGCGAGAAGGGCUGGUCUGAGGACACCAUGCUGGAUGUGGCCGACGUGCCGGACAAGCUGCUGGACGGGUACGGGCAAACCAAGUGGGUGGCCGAGCAGCUCGUGCUCGAGGCGGGUCGCCGGGGACUGCCGGUGAAGAUCCAUCGCGCCGGCACCAUCAGUGGCCACAGCCAGACGGGGUCGGCCAACGCCUGGGAUCUGCUGUCGGCCCUGAUCGUCGAGUCGAUCAAACUGGGCUACGCGCCGGACGUGGAUGGCUGGCGGGCGGAGAUGACGCCGGUAGACUUCGUCAGCAAGGCCAUCAUCCACCUGGCCACGCAGACCCAUGCGGAGCAGACCGUGUUUCACCUGGGCGACCCCAACCCGGUCGACACGCGGGCUGUCUUUGCCGCGCUCCGCGAGCUCGGAUACCCGACCAAGUCCCUGGGGUGGGACGAGUGGGUGGCCCUGUGGACCGAGAAGCGGGGUGCGGUCAAGGGUGGUGAUGGUGCCUUCACGGUCGACAUUCUCCGCAGUGGCAUGCCCACGGUGGACUUCCUCCGGGGCAUCGUCGUGCUGGACAACGCGGCCACGAGGCCCUUCCGGGCGGUCGUGGAGCGGCCCAAGGUCGACCGGGCGCUGCUCGAGACCUACACGCGGCACUGGUUCGCGCGUGGGUGGUUGUCGCAGCCCCCGGUUCGGCAGCAGGCCUUGAACGGGACCGCGAAGCCCGUCAACCGAGGCCCCCUGAGCGGUCGUGUGGCCGUCGUGACGGGAGCGUCGUCGGGCAUUGGCGCGGCCGUCGCGAUCGCGCUGGCCCGCGAGGGCUGCCAUGUCGCUCUGGCGGCGCGUCGCGUGGAGGCCCUCGAGUCCAUCAAGAACCAGAUGACUGCGCAUGGCAGCAAGGUCAUCGUGCGCCCGACCGACGUCACCAACAAGACCCAGGUCGACUCCCUGCUCCAGGCCACGGCCGACGAGCUUGGUCCGGUGGACUACCUGAUCUCGUGCGCCGGAGUGAUGUACUUCACGAUGAUGGCGAACGUGAAGACCGAUGAAUGGGAGCGCACGGUCGAUGUCAACUGCAAGGGUCUCCUGCACUGCCUGUCGGCGACGGUCCCAGGCAUGCUCUCACGUGGAAGCGGCCACAUCGUGGCCAUUUCCUCAGACGCCGGACGCAAGGUGUUCCCAGGUCUGGGCGUCUACUCGGCCAGCAAGUUCUUCGUGGAGGCGACGCUGCAAUCGCUGCGCCUGGAGACCGCAGGCAUGGGACUGCGCGUGACCAGCGUGCAGCCGGGCAACACGGCCACCGAUCUCCUGGGGAUGUCCACGGACGCAGAGGCCAUCAAGAAGUACGGCGAGCCGUCGGGAGCGCAGAUCCUCGAUCCGGCGGAUGUGGCCAACUCGAUCGUGUACGCACUGCGCCAGCCGGCGCACGUGUCGGUGAACGAGGUGUUGAUCGAGCCGAGGGAUGAGCCAAUCUAA